AUGAGACGCUCUGUGUUCUUCGCUGUGUGGCUCGGUCUGGUGUUGAGCCUUUUGAAAGAAGCCCCUGCUGAAACACCUGCUGAAACAACAGCGGCACCCAGCUCAACACCUGAAGAAAAUGGUACUGAUAUUGAAACAAAUCCUGACCCACUAGAGCUGACAAGCUCUAAUGACAACAGAGGUGAACCUACAGAAGGUGGUCCUGGAAAUGAAACGGAUCCUGACCCACCAGAGAUGACUACCUCAAAACCUACAGAAGGUGGUCCUGAAAAUGAAACGGAUCCUGACCCACCAGAGACGACUACCUCAAAACCUACAGAAGGUGGUCCUGGAAAUGAAACGGAUCCUGACCCACCAGAGAUGACUACCUCAAAACCUACAGAAAAUGGUACUGAUAAUGGAACAGUUACUGAGCCACCAGAGGUGACAUCCUCAGAACCUACAGAAAAGAAUACUGUAACUGGAACAGCUCCUGCCCCAACAGAGAUGCCACCCUCAGGACCUCCAGAAUUAGUGGACUUCUGCCGUGGAGAUCCGUGUGGAAGAAGUUCAGCUACAUGUAUUUCUUUACAAAGCAAUUACACCUGUGUGUGCCAAUAUGGAUUCUACUACAGCAAUGAGAAUUGUUACAAAGGGGAAGUAUACCCAGCCACCAUUAAUGUGAAAGCACCUUACAGUGAUAAUCUUCAAAAUGUAAAUUCCACAGAGUAUCAAUACCUGUUCAACAGUGUAUCAGCAUUUUUUAAGAAGGCCUUUGAAAAUCUACAUGACUAUAAAGAAACUGUCAUCAUAAAAAUUCAACAUCUAAGUGAAAGCAGAAAUGAUGCUCCACUGAAUGUAACAGUGACAAACCUGUUCACGUGGAACUCAACCGAAAAUGCGACUACAGUUAGCUCUGCAGUACAACGUGCAAUUGAAGAGAGUCACCAGUCCUUUGUCUCUUCUUAUAAUGUGGCAAAACAUUGUGAUAUUUAUCAAUGUGAUCCUAAAACCACAGUGUGUGAAGAGGAAGAGUUUCCCGAAUGCAAAUGCAAACCUUAUUUAGAGAAGACAAAGUGGGAUACACGUUCUUGUUCAGCUUGCAGUAAAAGCUGUUCUGCAACGAAACACAGGUACUGCGUACAAGAAGAAGAUGGUACAACAUGCAGAUGUAUGGUUAACUUUAAAAAAGAGGCUGAAGAAUGUGUGGCUUGUCCAGUGGGCUUCUCUGGGGAGGACUGCACUGAUUAUAGUGAACUCGUCCUUAUAAUAGUGGGCACAGUGUUUGGAGCCAUUAUCCUGAGUUUAGUGAUAGCAGUCUCUGUUAUUUCAGUCAGAGCAAAGCACAAACAAAAUCCAGAGAAGAGGAGCCUGAUGAAGUCAGGGUAUUCCGACAUGAAUACCUCUCAUGAUAGACCAAGCAUGUUCCCCAGGGUCCAGACCACUUCUGGCCACGCAAACCCAGGAUAUCAGCCAAACAACCCCUAUGAGAUGCGUUCCACAAAUAGAGAUAAUUUUCCAGAGAGGGAUUAUGAUGAUUUGUAUGAAAUAUCACGGGAGCCCAGAGGCUUUAGAACGCAGAGCAGAUAUUGAGUGACCCAAGCAGCAGAAGGAUGGACCACCACCACAACAUUGGGUCAGGACAAAGAGUUUCACAGCCUUUCACCAAUGCAGUUACUUCAGCAGAAGAGACAACAAUGUCCUUAACCCCAGAUUCUCUCAAGAUUUUCUAGAAGAAGAUUCCUGCUUGAAAGAGAUCAUGGACAACUUUGAAAUAAGGGAAAAAUGUUAGAGAGUAGGGAGAAGAGGACUUCUUUUAAAAGAACUAAUGUGCUUCAAUUAGACUUCUUCAAUGAGGCCAGUACAUUGGCAAGAGAGUGAGUGUACACAAGAUACCAGGAUUUUAACCCUGCUGGUUUUCAGUUCUUCUGCAAGACGGUCCAGGCAACAUGUGUGAUGCUGAAAAAUGUCAGUACCCAGAGCUUCACUUGGAUUUGUGCUCACUUAAUUUGAACUACAGCUUUGGGCAGAUGAAAACUGUUUUUCAUGAGAAUCUGACAUGUUUCACUUUACUACAUUAGAUACAGGUUUUUUCACCCUCCUCAAUCCCCCAGUAUUUCCCACCUGAAAGCAUUCUGUUCAGAUCUCUGCUGACAUGGGUUGUUGAGGCAAUGGCACUUGUCUGACCUUUUCCACACACAUCUGACCUUUCCCAAUACAAUGGUGAGAUACAAUAUCUCCAAACAAACAUUAUUCUUCUUCAUCUUGCAAAACUGCAUUGAUUUUACAUUUUUAGCUCCUGUGGAAAAUGUUAGCAUUUUUCUUUCUUCUGCAGUCUUUAUGUUUGAAUGAUAAUAAGCUUGGUGUUUGGGUUUUUUAAAAAUUUCUUACAUACAGCAUACAGUCAAUAAAUCUGUCUGUAAAAGAAUUUAUAUUUUACUGUAUUUUACUGAGUGUGCAUUAUCUGUUGACUGGCAUUAACAUUAUAUUUAUAUAAAAUACUUAUAUGCACACAUAUGUACAUAUAUUUAUAGGUUACAAUCAUUUAAAGAAUCAUUUAGUUCUGUUGUAUUUUGUGUUUUGGUUUUUAUAUACACAGAUCAACUUUCCUAUUAAAUGUUAUUUUUUCUCA